AUGUGUGUGUUGACGUGGGUUCUGCUGUUUGUGUGGCUGGGUGGAGGGGUGUGUGUGUGUAUGAUGGAAAAUUACACCCUGCUCAUAGAGAAGAGAGGCUGUACACAGUGUAUCGCUGUCAACACCACCAUCUGCAGUGGCUUCUGCCACACACAGGUUAGAUACCUUAAUAUUCCUUCAUAGCUUCAUUUCUGCCUUCCUUCCUUCCUUCCUAUCAAAGUAUUCAAACAGGACCUGUUGGUGAUAGCAGAGUGAGAUGUGCUGAGGCUAGGUAGAAGAGGGUGAGACGUGGGAUUAGUCUCUCUCUUGACCCCUUUUCUAACCCCUUCUGUGUCAGGACACCAACGUGAAGGGCCGUGUGGGUAAGAGUUACCUGAUCCAGCGUGGCUGCAUGCCCCACUCCCUGGUCUACCAUCCUGCCCGCGUGCCAGGCUGCCCGCUGCAUGUCAGCAACGUGCUCUACUACCCAGAGUCCCGCCGCUGCCACUGCACCCGCUGUGACGGACACGCCCACCGCUGUGUCCACAUGACCCAGGCCACACCAACCCCCUGCACCAGGAAGAGCCCUGACCCCCACAGGACCGGCAGGACACACCCACCUGUCAAGAAACGCAGCGACCAGGAAACCUGA